CUGGACCUGUUUUGGACACAAAAACACAUCAGACCUGUUCAGAUAUUAAGCCUUCAGAGGAAAGCUGUGAUGCUGUUUUCACACAGUUAGAGUUGUGUGUGUGUGUGUGUGUGUGUGUGGGAUAUCCAGCCAUGCUACAGCAGUCAGAGCUCAUCUUUGACUUCGCCAGUGACCAUGUUAACAUAUCGCAGCUGGGAGGGCACCCAGAUUACCCUGCGGUGAUUGUGGAGCAGGUUCCUCAUCCACACCUGCUCUCAUAUGCAGGUCUAGCGUGUGAACAGUCACAGAUAGAGGAGGAUCACCAGCAGCUGCUCAAAGUGGAGCUAUGUGAAAGUGGAGAAGAAGAGACCAUGGAGACGCUUGUUGCCGCUGACUCGCUUCUCAACAUGGACUGUUCUGACACCCUCUCGCUGGAACAACACUACUCCCAGACCUUCUUACCAUCACUGGGUGAUGUCAUCACUGCUCCUGUUACCCAGGUGACUGUGUCAGCAGAGGGGAUUGUGGGACCUGUUGGCCAGUCACAAUGGCACUCGUUGCACACAGAGAAGCCUGCGGCACAGCUGCAGUCCAAAAAGAGAGGUAGAAAACCUCGGCAUCGGAGGGCGGAGUCUCCCACACCGGACAUUACAGUGAAAAAGGACAAAUACAACAAAGGAGGAAACACGCUGUACCUGUGGCAGUUCCUUAUGGAGUUGUUGCAGGAUCGACAGGUCUGCCCCCGCUACAUCAAAUGGACUAACCCCCAUGCAGGGAUCUUCAAGCUGGUCAACUCAAAAGCAGUGGCUAAACUCUGGGGCAAACACAAGAACAAGCCGGAUAUGAAUUAUGAGACAAUGGGCAGAGCACUCAGGUACUACUACCAGAGAGGGAUACUGAAUAAGGUGGAAGGCCAGCGACUCGUCUACCAGUUCACCUCUCUGCCCAAAGACAUGAUUUAUAUCACAGAUGGAGACGGCACCAAAGAAGAAGACGACGAUGAUCACGACGACAACAGCUGCAAUGAUGAAGGUGUGAGUGAUGACUCUGAUGACAGCACAAUAUCUUCUAGUGACCAGUCAGUGGAGGAUGGAGUUUCCCACCCACCACAGAAGAAGACGUCGCCCAGUAGCACUGUCCGAGCCCCAGCCACCCAGCGAACCAGGCCGGCUCCCAGGCCUUCAGGGCAGCGCGACACCGUCCUGCGGCCUGCCAGCACCAGCCUGAUCCAGGAGCAGCAUUUGCCCAUCGUGUCUGCCGAGAUGCUGCGGACCCUCCAGAACCUGGAGAAAGUCCAGUCCCUGCAGCCCACGGGUCACGCCUCAGUCUUUAAAACGGCUCAGCUGCUGGGGAGUCUGUAUGAGCGACAGGCCGCUGCUGGGGUGGCUGUAGACAGUGAGGGUGCACCUGAGACACAAGAUAAGAAGUCACACAGAGGGCAGAAAGCUUCACAAGUAGAGACUCCACAGCUGGUGCCUCUAAUUAGCUCUGACCAAUAGACCAGUCCAUCACCAAACACACACACAUACACUCCACUGACUCAGGACCAGUUACAGAGCUGCACUUUGUUGUGGCAAUGUCUUCACACCAGGGCCUAUAUUUCAUAAUUGUGUAAGACUGGGAUUAUUGAUCUAGGGUUAUUUUUGUAUUUUAGAUUUUUUUUUAAUAAGUUGGUAACAAAGAUAAUUCUAGAUCAGCCCUUCCUUACUGACAUCUGAGUUGGGAGGAAAUUGGCAGGAACCAAAAUGAACAGCAUUGAGCAGUUUACGUUCUAAGUAGACUAUAAAAACUCAUGUCCUUUAUUUCAGCCUUCUGUUAUUACCUGUAUCUGUUAACUGUACAAGACACCAAAGACAGACAUGCACUGGAAUCCACAGCCUCUCUGCACCUUCUGCAGACACACCCGCUGCUUGCACCUCAGCUCCAGUGUCAUGGAGCUAAUUCUCUGAUCAGCACACUGUGCCCUUCUUUUCUGCCUCUACUGCUCUAUUCUGUUUUUUAUUGUCACAGCCUGAAUCAUUCCUCUGCCUUGAUGCACUAUUGCUUACCCCUGCUGUAUAUUUCUUCUCUUAAGUGCCUGAAGAUCUUAGACACAUCCUGUCCCUGCUUCCACUGUUCCUGGUGAUCACGAGGUUAUUGAGGGAAAACAUUCCAUAUUAUUGUUAUUGUUUUUUUUAAGAUUACUGAAUUAUGUUUGUAUUGUGAAAUGUUGAAAACAAGGGAUCACUGUAUUUCUAGAAUAGGAAUUUAGCACUGCUGCUGUUUAUAGCUGAAGUAUGUACACAGUGGACCUGUCUGUUGUUGACAAUCACCAAUGAAAUGGUCUCAUAGCCUUUUACUUCGGCCUCCUUCAGAGUAGCCUUUCUGCAAUGCACAUAUUCUAAUUAGUUACUACACAUAUAUACAGUAAAUGCUUAUAUGGACUUCUAAAGCAUAUCUUUGUGUAUUGUGUGUUAUAUACUGUAUGUUUGUGAACAUUCUUGACUUUGUGCCUUGUUGCCAUUUUCUCCCUCAGGUUUGUAAAAAUUUGUUUUGCUGCACAGAUUAUAUACUCUAUGCAAGGAGUAAAACAGCUGGCCGUUUGUAAUGAAGUAAUGUUAAGUUCAGUGUUUUCUCUUCGGUUGAUCUUGGUUUAGCCUCGCAAAGCCAGCCGACAAAGUUCACCUGACAUCAAAUGAAAACUGAGCUCGUAAGAUUUAGGCUGGGAUCUGUGAGGUUAAACUUGGUUAGGAGAUGUUUAAAACUGUGCCUUUGCCCCCCCCCCAGGAAAACCCCUAUGCAAAACUGUUUUCACUUUAUUACUGAGUAAAACAUUUAUUUUGAAAUCCCCUCACUUUGCUUUAUCUGGAAGAUAAUGUAAGUUUUACUGAUACAGAUCUGUAAGCUUGUAGCAGAGGGAGAGGUGGAGUUUCUGUUGCUUUUCUUGGUGUAUUUGCUUUCAUGCAGUUCCGAGGUGUUGAAAAGAUAAUGGUCAAUAUAAAAUAAACUUAAUUUUGUCAUCAUC